GGGAGGCGCGGCCAUGGCGCAGCCCCGGGUGCUGCCGCAGAGCAAGGAGACCCUGCUGCAGUCCUACAACAAGCGCCUCAAGGACGAUGUCAAGUCCAUCAUGGACAACUUCACCGAGAUCAUCAAGACGGCCAAGAUUGAGGAUGAAACUCAAGUCUCUCGAGCAACCCAGGGUGAACAAGAUAACUACGAGAUGCAUGUCAGAGCUGCAAAUAUUGUCCGAGCUGGCGAGUCCCUGAUGAAGCUCGUGUCCGACCUGAAGCAGUUCUUGAUCCUCAAUGAUUUCCCCUCGGUGAACGAGGCCAUCAACCAGCGCAACCAGCAGCUCAGGAGUCUGCAGGAGGAGUGUGACAAGAAGCUGAUUGCCCUGCGGGAUGAGAUCUCCAUUGACCUCUACGAGCUAGAAGAAGAAUAUUACUCUUCCAGCUACAGUCUGUGUGACAGCAAUGACCUCCCACUGUGCGAAGCCUACUGGAGACAAGACUUUGCCACGCUGUCCCCGGAGAGCCUCUCGAUGCCUCUGGCAGCUGCCGCGGCCGAGCAGAGCGUUGUCACCUCGCAGAGUUCCACCCCGUCGCACCCGCACGUGAACGGGCACGGGGCGGGCCCCGCCGAGCAUUCCUGACCCGGACCCGCUGCUGCCGGGCCGCUGCACCGGGACGGCCCCGCGCUGCUCCAAGUCUUCCUCCUGCUGUCCUGAGGAGGCGCUGGGGCUGUGCUGGCAGGGCUCUGCCCCCUGCGUGGCUGCAGUGCUUCCUCCACGCCAGGACCUUGCCGGGAGUGUUCCUGUCCCUUAAGAGAUAUGUAGACACAAAGUGAAUCUCGUUAUUACAAAACAGAGUCAGGUUUGCUUUAACGUGAUAGUUAGGUGUAGAGUUCAUUAGAGGUCUUAGAAGUUUGUUUCCAUGUGAGUGUUGGGAGGUGAAUUUCUUUGGGAUAAACUUGAGCCAAAUGUGGGGGCAGUGAGCAUGUUGGGGUUUUUACUCUGCUUCCCAAGGUUAUUGACGUUCUGGCUGCUUUAAAGCUCUCUCAGGAUGGCAUGUGACAACCUCUGGUCUACUGUAAAGAGUCUUAUAGUACUUUUACACAACAGUCUUCACUGUCAAAAUGCUUUACAAACUUGAACUCUUGAUUUGGAAGGAGGAUCCCAGGAGACCCUUAUGGAAGAGCAGUGUUCCCCCCUGGAAGGAGAACAGGCAGACAGGGGUCAGGCUGAGGGAUCAAUGACACCACUUGCUCAAAGCCACAAAGAGAAGCAGUGUCAUGCUUUAGUCAGUCAAUUCCUUCCUCAGUGUUUACACAGAAAUUCCUGUUAAUGUAGUCUGAGCUAACGUGGAGCCACUGUUUAUGUUGGCUUUUAGUUUUGUCUAAUGGAAAAAUCUUGACAGCACUGAGGAAUACUCAGUUACUCUGUUUCCUUCCAAAGAAACCCAUUUGGUGCUUGGUCUGCAGCUGUUCAGCAGCUCAGCACAUCUUCUGUCCUUUCCUUUUGUGGUGGCUCUGCCUUGGCUCGAGCUGUGCUGCUGAAAGGGAGAUGCCACUGACCUGAACAGUGUCACCACAGCUCGGUGUCACGGGCACCACAGAGCCACAGGGCAUUCCAACAACUGAGCUGAGCUUCCCCAGCUUUCUGCUGUAAUGUCUCAUUUCUUAGGAUGUGAAUUUUUGCUAUUAUUUUUUGGUUUCUUUUUCCUCCAUUCCAUUUAUUUUUGUAACUAGGUGAUUUAAUAAAACUGACUGUUUUGUAUAAUUUUUAA